AUGUCUUCCUUCGAAGCUGACUGCUCUUUUGUCGAUGCCGAGGAUUGGCUAGUCAUUCAGGUCCCAUGGUAUUUCCUCUCGCCACCAGACAGCAGCUGCCCGAUCUGCAGAGAGGACUCAUUUGGCAUCAUCGUCAAAACAAUCUGCGGUCACGUCUUUCAUGGUCAGUGUCUACUGGGAUGGUUUCAAAGUCUCAGCCCUACAGCCGACUACACCAACUACGAUUGCACCUGUCCGAUGUGUCGCAAAGUUCUAGCUACAGUCUUUCGUUCCCACGACGAAGCUGAGCAGUAUUCUGAGGAGCAGGACGAGUUAUCAGAGGGUGUGGGCGACGAAGAGGAAUCAACAAACCUAGUCGAAACAUCAAGCAACUACAACGACCGUGAAGAGACAGAUCAUCUGGCUCAAACCUUACGGGGCGAGGCCGAACAAGAACUGCAGCAUCGACAACUCCAGCUGAACGAUUUCCUAGACCUAAUUCAUGAGGAUGAAGAAUCACUCAAGCCACCACUAGCCAUGUACGGCGGCUGCCUGUCUCUCGAAGGUGGUACCCAUCGGGAUACGGAAGAGUAUAAUUGGUCCUCCACUUCGGGCUCCUUCAUACCAACACGACUGCUACUAUCACACGAGCAAACCAACGAAGAAGAAGAGUUCCAAAGACUACGACGCAUGUAUUGCAUAAGAUUGCAGAUAAACGAUGCUAGAGAGAAGAUUAAGAAGCUGACUGCUAUGCUCGGAAAUCCGGACGUGCAAGUUUCAGCUGGCCAGGGUUCUUCUGGCUGGUUCUGA